UAUAAUGACCGAUUUUUUAAACAAUAACAGAAUUUAAAUUUUAUUAUUAUCGUUUUUCUAAGUAAAUUAUGUAAUACAAUUAUUGAUAUAUUUAAGGAACGUUCACAUUUCUAAUAAAUUAAUAAAACUUUCUCUGAAUUUACGAAUAAAAAAAAAUGGGAACUACAAAUGUAACUGAUCUAUUCAGUGAUGAUAAUGUACAAGCCAGCAUGAUGGAAUUUGGCAAAGGAAUGCAAAAAGUCAUGGUAAAUUUUCAAAAUUGUACCGAAAGAAUUAAAAUUGGAAGAUCUAGUGCUAUAUCCGACCAUAUUAGAGAAACUAGAAGACUUCGUGAUACGUUUCGUCAAUUUGUUGAAGAUUCAUUGGAAUUCAACGAACGUUUAUCAAAUUAUUCGCUUGAUAUUUUAUUUUUUAUAAAAUGUUUUAAAGAUUUUGAUAAUUAUUCUGAUGAAGUUGUUUUAGGAUUAAUGCACGACCUUUUAGAAAAGUCUCGAGAAAAUCAUGAAUUGUCUAAAGAAUUAAAAAAAAAAAUAAAAACUGAUGACGAAUCUGGAAUUAAUGACCGGUUGAUCAAAAUACAAAAUUCUUUACCAGGUCGUAUUGAAACGAUUAAUGAUGAAAUUAAUAGAAAGAAAAUAUCAGCAUUAAUUCCGAAAGGUAAUGGAUUAGCUAGCGCAGUUACUAGAUAUGUUAUUUCUCUUUUCAUUGAUCAAGAUCGAAACUUUUUGGGGCAUGCAAACCGAAAGAAUCAAAUACCUUAUCGAUAAUCUCGAAUCUGGUAGAGACAUUAAUCGUCAACGAGCUGUUCACAAUAUCGAACAAAAGUGGAAAAAUGUAGAAAAAGAAUGCCAAAUUUAUAAUAGAGCGAUGAACGACGUAUUGACCAGGGAUAGACUUAUCUGCAUUGAGGUAAAAUCAAUUUCUUAUUACACUCAUUCAAGCAAUAAACUAAUUCUUGAAUAAAUUUAGUAAAGAAUCACGACACGUAAUUUCUGCGU